AGGUCACUUAGAAUAGACCGUUCAGUUACAUAAAACUACUAGUCAUUACAACAUGUUGUUGCGACACUUAGCAGUGAUAUGUUCUCUUUUAAUAUGUGUAUAUUCAAAAUCUUUCACUUUGGUCGUAGAUACGACAUAUUCUAUGCAGGACGAGAUCAGUAUGAUAAGGACAAGGAUUAAGCCGCUGGUAGAAUCGAUCGGGAAUGCAAGCUCAAUUGAAAAUUACGUCAUUGUACCUUUUAAUGACCCGGACGUUGGUCCAGCACAAAUAUUUACCGCAGGAGAGUCAUUCUUGAAAUACAUAGAUUCUCUAACCGUGUCCGGUGGCCGUGAUAUUCCAGAAAAUUCUCUUUCUGGCUUACAAAAGGCUUUACAGGAAAGCAGACCUGAAUCGGAUAUUUUCUUGUUCACUGAUGCCUGUGCGAAAGAUGAGGCCAAGUUUGAUGAUAUUGAAAGAUUAUGUCGCAUAACACGGAGCAAGGUCAUCGUGUUUAUGAGCGGCACUUGCCCGAUUUCCGAAAGACGCAAGGUAGGGAAUCUAGAAACGUACAAUCAAGUCACGAAGGUAUGUUUCGGAAACGUUUUCCAGCUGGACCUAAACAAUUAUGGACAAGCAUUCCGGUUUAUGACAGAAAUCGUAAGAGAUGGAUACAAUGAUGUAAAAACGUUCGAGUUAGUUUCUGGAUACCGACAGCUACCAGUUCCAGUGGACAGUUUAACUAGAGAUGUGAUCGUCUCCGUAUCUGGAGACAUGCCUUCACUGCAGCUCUUUGACGAGAGUGGCCACAGCCCUCGAACUGAGGUGCUGAUAGAAACUAGACAACUGGAGGUUGUCAGAAUUGUAGGGCCUCACCGAGGUCAAUAUCAUGCCUCGGUAAGUUCUCAGGGACUGAUAUCUGUCACCAUUUAUAAGAGAUCGGAAUGUCCCUUGGCUAUUGGAUUUUCACCCUUGCACCCAAGAAGUAUCGAGGAAACAACAUCAUCACCACUACCAGGUCGAGAAAGUUUCAUUUUCGUCCUUGUACCGAUGUCCUAUGAGUACAAGCUAGGUAGUUUAACAAUCCAUAUGCUAAACAAAGAUAGCCAGAGAACCGUUAAUUUAAUGGAAAGUCAAGUAAGCGCCCGAGUCUACAUCAGCAAAGCCUAUUUCGAGCCUGGGUGUAUAUUUAGAAUGACCGUUAGCGGUAUCGAUAAAGUUUCUUCAGAACCAGUGCAGAUAAUAAGUAAAACAUUAGAAUCGCAAAAAGAAGUGGCAACAUCAUCUUGGUCUGCAGCCGUCAUUGAUUCAAUCAUUCCGGCGACCUCCUUAACGGACUAUAAGAAAAACGCAACAGUGGCAUGCAAGGUCAUAGGAUAUCCUCAACCAACCAUAUGGUGGGAAGAUGAAGAUGGACAGAAGAUGGCAGCAGAGGAUAGUCUGUUGCAGUAUCCAGCAACCUACAUAAGUUACGUUUCAGUACCGAAUAUAAAGGAAAAUCAAACAUUAACAUGCAAAGCCAGUACAGAAACUGGGAGUGAUUCCAAAAGUACAGACCUUUAUGUAUACAGACCAUAUGUUUUCCAAAUGAUCAAAACGCCUAAAGAUAUCACUAUAGAAUAUGAGGCAGAAGGCAAACUGUAUUGCGAAGUAAAUGCUUAUCCUGAAGCAGUAAUAAAGUGGUAUCACAAUGAUAAGACUGUAGUAUUUACUACAAAUGAAGCUGUAGAUGAUGAUUCUACUUUUAAUCGUUACGAUGAAGUGGAGUAUUUUCAAGAGGACAAUGCACUGGUUAUUAGAAAUAUGACUUCAAAAUAUGUUGGAACAUAUACAUGUGAUGUAAGAAACGGUGCAAAUGCUGUAUCAUAUCCCGUUGAAGUCAAAAUUUCUGGUCUUGAAGUACCUGUGUUAGAAAUGUCAGAAACAGAAUUGACUACACAUCUUGGCGACGAGUUUGAAAUCGCUUGCAGAAUAUCAAAAGGAAGGCCAAACCCAACCGUAACUUGGAAUUUCAAACCCGCGGGCAGUUAUGAUUUCACAGAUUUACCUAAAGAUAUUGAAAUUGAAGAAGAAAAAAUUGCCAUAGGUGAAGCAAAAUCGGAACAUAAUGGGAUUUAUAAAUGUGAAGCCAUCAAUGAGCAAGGGAAAGAUUCUCGAGAAAUAAAGUUGAGAGUUAUUUAUGCCCCUAAAAUCGAAAACGCAGAAACAACUACACAAGACGUGCUGUUGGGUAAAAUGAUCACACUUGAGUGUUCCGUGGAUGCAGAGCCGAAAGCCGCAGUACGGUGGGAGCGCGCUGACGGCACAUACUUUCCUGAUGAGAAUCAUAUUCUGGAAGGGAAUAGUCUGAAGUUUGAGGCACGUUACAACGACUCGGGCUCCUAUCGAUGUAUUGCAGAAAACGAGGCUGGCAUUGCCGAGAAAACCGUUAACGUUAAUGUUCUUGUUCCUCCAUACAUCACUUCAGUGGUGAAGAACGUCAACGUUUGGACCGGUGACUCCUUAACGCUGUCCUGUCGCGUGGAAGAAGCGAAUCCACCACCCACUAUCACUUGGAAGUUCAUAGGGCUGGAUAACGUGAUGAUUUUACUAAAUCCUAGCUACAGAAAUGAAUCCAUAUUUUUGUCGGAGUACGUUAUAAGAAGAGCGUCAAGAGCGCAAUCCGGGAAGUACAUUUGCUACGCAAAUAAUAGCGUAGGUUUUGAUGUCGUCGAAGUAGCUGUCAAUGUAAAAUAAACUAUAUAGAAUAUUUAUGAUGAUUAUACCGUAAUCGUUUUAUGCGUUACUCUUACACUUAAGGAUGACUCGUCAGAUCGACUUUUUAGUAAGUAACGAUCACGAUGACGUGCUAUAAAAGCACUAAAUCUUAGGUCCUCUUUAGAAUUAAGACAUGAAUAAAAUACAUAUAUUGUAAUAA